AUGCACAGAAUUUUCUUUACCCAUCCAACAAUAGCUGACAAUGGCUUGUAUCCAAGAUCUUGGGGAAAGGUGUUGGACGAUCAUUGUAAAUGUGUUAAGCUUUCACAUAGCUCUUCAGAAUUCAAAGAGGUAGAGAAAACAUUUAUUCAAAGAAUUAAUCACAGCCAUCCAACUGCUCAAGUAAUCGACAUUGAAAGAGUGGAAAAUGCCAAGUUAUGGAGAGCUUUCUCAAUUAAGAAAUCAGAAACCAUUCACAAGAAUCAAAAUAUCAAAGCUGAAAAUCAAGUGAAAACACUCUACCAUGGAGCUGAAGAAACAGCAGUCGAUGCCAUCACCAAAACAGGAUUUGAUUAUAGACGAUGCCAAGUUGGACAUUAUGGACAUGGAAAUUAUUUUGCAGUCAAUGCUAGUUAUAGUCAUGGUUAUGCCAAGCCAUCAACUUCUGAUGGUAGUAGAAGGAUAAUUGUUUGUAAGGUAGUUGUUGGAGAAUCUCUCAGAGUAGCACAGAAGGAUAAUACUCUGAGAAGACCUCAGGAUAAGACAACAGGUAAAAUGUAUGAUUCAGUACAGGGAGGACCAACAGGAACUGAAUAUGUAGUAUUCGAUAACGAAUCUCCAUAUCCUGGAUAUAUUGUAAUUUACAAAUAA